CCACCACUUUGGCCGACCUGCAUCAGCGUUGACCCUUCUCUACAAAAGGACACCUGCCUUUUGGGGAGUGCGCCCCCAUUCUCAGAUCUUCUGUUCUGUCAAACAUUCUUACGGUAAACCGUAUUAGAGCCACUAUCCGGGCAAGUUUGGAACAACACAUCAGGCGUCAGCAGCCCUCUUAAGGAUAAGCCCUUCGGUCCUUCUGCCAUUGUAGCAUGACCUACACUGUGCAAACGACUUCUCCCAACGAACUCUUUACCUACAACCCACCAUUGAAGAUAUUUCACUGAUAGUAGAGGGCAAUCGACGUGAUCGAAACAGUCAUGUCUAAUAAAGACCGAUUAUAUGUUUGUCUGUUUGCGAGAGGAGGUCAGCCUAAAAUGCAAGGGCUUGAAGACACUAAUUACUCCGUACCAAGUACAGCUAUCACUGGGCUUUGAUGGUAGGCCCCAAGGUCGAAACACGAGAGAAAAAAGGUGUACGAUACCAUGCAAAAGAAAAGGUCACUUCGGACUGCGUACGUUGGGAGUUUGAGAAAAAAUCCGUAUCACUACGGCCAACAAGCAUGCUCCUGGUGCGGGUUUUGAUUGGCAAGGUUGACGAUUCAGCUCGACUUGAUGCGAUCUUGCGCCAAACCCCUGUGAGGGACGGCACGGACGGUUGGAAUUGCGUUUUCUGGCUGAAGGAAGCCCUAGAACGUGUCAGCAAGGACAAAAAGGCUCUCGGAACAUGUGUCCUUGUGUGGGAUACUAUUCGCAAAACUGCCAUGGACUACUGUAACCAAAAGAAAGCGGACGGCCGCUUUUCAUCUGCGAAAUUUGAUCCGGACAGAGCCCCAACGUAUGACCUUCUGGUGCGGAAGGAGAUAAUUGUCUAAGAUGGAGAGCAGGUUGAGAAGGACAUGGCGUUCAGAAAUCUCCCCACCAUCUCUGCCUAAUCUUCUCCAUUUUGAGAGCUUCAGGCCAAGGGUCCAAGAAUUGGUCAAUAUGUUCGGCCCAAAACAUGUUCCUUGGAUUGACUUGGUGCGCAGUUGUAUACUCCCAGUAGGGUGGCCACCAACCAGAUGUUUCCCAAUCAAUGAUACCUGUUAUGUCCCCUUUA